GAUGUCACUGCCGCUGCCGCCCCCGCUGCUGCUGCUGCUGCUGCCACUGCUGACCGCGGGGCCCGCCGGCGCCGCACUGAUCCGGAUCCCUCUUCGCCGAGUCUACGCCGGGAGCAGGACCCCGAACCCACUGAGGGGAUGGGGGAGCCCAGAAGAGCCCCUCGGGCUGGGGGCCCCAUCCCCGGGGGGCAAGUCCGCCUUUGUGCCUCUCUCCAAUUACAUGAACGCCCAGUAUUAUGGGAACAUUGGGCUGGGGACGCCCCCCCAGAACUUCUCUGUCGUCUUUGACACUGGCUCCUCCAACCUCUGGGUCCCGUCCAGGAGAUGCAGCUUCUUCAGUCUGCCCUGCUGGUUCCACCACCGCUUCGACCCCAAAGCCUCCAGCACCUUCAAGCCCAACGGGACCAAGUUCGCCAUUCAGUAUGGCUCUGGGCAGCUAAGCGGCAUCCUGAGUGAGGACAAGCUGACCAUUGGGGGGAUCAUGAAUGCAUCCGUGGUUUUCGGGGAGGCGCUGUGGGAGCCCAGCCUGGUCUUCGUGUUUGCCCACUUUGAUGGGAUAUUGGGCCUCGGUUUUCCCGUUCUGGCCGUGGGAGGGGUUCGGCCACCACUGGACACACUGGUGGACCAAGGUCUGCUGGACAAGCCUGUCUUCUCCUUCUACCUCAACAGGGACCCUGAAGCGGCCGAAGGAGGAGAGCUGGUUCUGGGUGGUUCGGACCCAGCACACUACAUCCCACCCCUCACCUACGUGCCAGUCACGGUCCCUGCCUACUGGCAGAUCCACAUGGAGCGUGUGACGGUGGGCACAGGGCUGACUCUUUGUGCCCAGGGCUGUCCUGCCAUUCUGGACACAGGCACGUCUCUCAUCACGGGACCCACCGAGGAGAUCCGGGCCCUGCACAGAGCUAUCGGGGGAUUCCCCCUGUUGGGGAAGUACAUCAUCGAGUGCUCGAUCAUCCCCACGCUCCCUCCCGUGUCCUUCAGCCUCGGGGGUGUCUGGUUUAACCUCACCUCCCAGGACUACGUCAUCCAGAUCGCUCGGGGUGGCGCCCGCGUCUGCCUGCUAGGCUUC